AUGGCGGACGCUGCAUCAUUCAGAGACAAAGGUAAGAGCAGUAAAACCUCAAAAAUAUAUCUGUUGGCCUGAUGUUCAUCAAUUCUUGUAACAUAUCAUUAAAUUGUUGGCCUACAUUUCUAACUAAAUUUGCCAAACUGGCAGAAUAUAAUUUUUUGUGGCUCAUAUUGGGAAACUGCUCUUCGUCUAGUAUGGCCUUCAACACUCUAUGCUGUAAGUCAUUUACAGGAAAUAUAUAUAUUUUUUAAACGGGGUUCAGGAGAAGGCCUUCACCAGGCAGCCACCAUAUUAUUGUUUUCCAGUUUAUUCACAAAAAUGUAACACCUGUAUGCGGGUUUGUUUCGGAACAGAAACAUACAGAUCAAAAUGCUACAGCUGCAGUACAGAGACAGAGAGAGAGACAGAGAGAGAGAGAGAGAGAGAGAGAGAGAGAGAGGUUUAAUUUAUGGUGCCAAUCAUACAUUAAAACGGCAAGAGUCUACAGUCAUAGAGCCUCUGCGUGUGGCAAAAGUUAGGAGAUAUCUAAUCAAUGGAAGAAGGAAUUAAAAUGACGAAUGUCGGUCGGUAAGGCAGCCCCCUCACCUCUCUGAUUGAGGGGUUGGGUUAAAACGCGGAAGACACAUUUCGGUUGAAUGCAUUCAGUCGUGCAAUUCAUUGUGUCAGUAGAUCACAGUACGGACUAAGACAGUACAGUAUGAAGAUAUGCUAAAACUCCUUCUCCAAUAGAAAUCCCUGAUCACACUUGUAGGCGAUGUCAUGGCGACUUUGGCAAGCUAAGCUCAUGCGCAGAAACAAGUCAUUGGGGCUAAAGGUUGUCUGCGCAUGUGCAGGCCAUCAACUCAAAAGCACUCCUUCGAUAUAAAGUAGUUUUUGACAAAAAUAAAAACGUGACAGUUUGUCACUUUUCACGAAGUUGGAGUAAUAACAUAUUGAAAUACUUAAGACAUCGGCUCGAAUCUACGUUGUGCCUUUAGAUUUCGAGAAAAUUAACAACUAAGGAAUAAUUUUUCACUACUCAUUGACUUCUUAAACCCCAAACCCCGGCUUGUUCUACUUAGUCUGCUUCGCAAGCGUUCCCCGAAGUCUCGCAAUGUUGCAUCUCUGGGUUUAGAAACUCUGUGGUACGGCCCCUCCCCUGCCUGCUAGAGCCGCAGCUCUCUCCCUCCUAGCGCUUUGACAGCUACGGUUAAUAAAGUGAGUAUCCACAUGCGAUAAUGAUCAGUAGGCAUGACUUGCACUUCACAUUUGCGACAUAGUUGGGAGUUAAAUUGGUGGCUAAAUUUACUUUGUUUGAUAAUCACUGUCAAAAGAUUCACCAUGAACUAAUUUACUGGAGUGCCGAUGACAAUAUAGUACAGUAAUCGUGGCCCAGCUAGUUGUCUGUGGCUGCAGGGCCAGUGUCUGGAAUGUGGAAGAAGCGUCAUGGGUACAGGGUUGCCAGGUAAACAGGGUUGCCAGGUAAAGAUAAAUUGUCUAGCCCAAAGACCCCUGAAAACCUGCCCACAAGGGAAAAAAUAUGUUUUUUCGCAGCAAGGGAGGAGUUGACACAUUUAUCCAAUAAACCCUUUCCCCAUGACGUUAUUGAGCAAAUUAAGAAGGAAUAUCGACGUCAUUAACGUAGGCUAAGAAGCAAAAUUCGGUUUUCCAUUAAAAUAAUAAUUCUUGCAAGUUUAAGAAUAUGUUGCAAGAGAAAAUAUAAAUUGCCCUUAUUAAACUCUCCAGAUCAUUUUCCAUCAAUGGAUGUCGAUUUAACUUGUUUUGACAGCUAUGCUUAAGCAAUAAGGCCCAAGGAGGUGUGGUAUAUGGCCAAUAUACCACGGCUAAGGGCUGUUCUUAUGGCAUAGCCCUUAGCUGUGGUAUAUUGGCCAUAUACCACAAACCCCUGAGGUGCCUUAUUGCUAUUAUAAACUGGUUACUAAAAUAAUUAGAACAGUAAAAAGUAUGUUUUUGUAAUUCCCAUGGUACACGUCUGAUAUACCAUGGCUUUCAACCAAUCAGCAUUCAGGGCUCAAAUCACCCAGUUUAUAAUAGUAAAUAAAUCCUGUUUGCGCAGCCGCAUAACUAUAGAUACAUCCGACAGGAGAGUUUGAGUGAUGAGAGUUGGACAGAGGAUCUUGAAAUCUCUGUGCAAGAAACACUUGGACGAACUUCAAAAAAUGAAUGUUAGGCUAUUUUCUGGCAAUUAUGCCAUUAUUAUGUGUCAGAUGUUAACACUACAAACCGUUAUAAAUGUCCUAUUUGCGAGAUUGACUUAUUUCAAUAGGCAUAGGCUACUGACUAAAAUCUGGGUUUAUAAUUGUAAUUCAAUUUUGCCCUGGUUUGCUGAGCUAGAUGCAGGUAGCCUAUAGCCCCUGAUAGGUCAACAUGCCAACAUCUCAUUGCAGGGAAAGGUCCACAAUGAAACUGACAUUAAAUGUGAAUGAUACAUUUGUGAUUGAGCUGUGACCAAGAUCACAAUUCAUAACUUCCUAUUUAAUUAACUAAACAUGAAUAAUUGCAUAAUAACACAAGGCUACAACAACAAACUGAGUUAUAUUUAUAUUUAUUUAUUCAAUAUUUUUGCCAGGUUCAGGUAGGCUACCCAAAUGGCACAAAUGGCUUUGCAAUGACUCCAGUGAUAGUGUCAUUUCAAUAUAUAUUUAUUUGAUCAAAUGGUUGACUACAGUAGCCUGCAAUGGCACAGAAAUUAAUAGCCUACUUGAUGGCCAACAGAUGCACAUUUAGCCUAUCAUCCUCCACAUCUAAUGUAAUUUUCAUUGUGGACUUUUCCCCCAUAACACGCGAGGGAGUUCCAUAACUUCCAUUUCAAAUUUCCACUCGUGCAGUGCUUCAGACCCUAGAACUGAGCAUGAUAAAACCCUUAGCUUGAACUCCUUAGUCAACAUUAGAAUGCGGUUACAUUUUAGUCAUUUAGCAGACACUCUUAUCCCGAGCUACUUACAGUUAGUGAGUGCAUACCUUUUGGUUUUUUUCAUACUGGCCCCCUGUGGGAAUCAAACCCACAAACCUGGCAUUGCAAACGCCAUGCUCUACGAACUGAGCUACAUCCCUGCCAGCCAUUCCCUCCCGUACCCUGGGCCAAUUGUGCGCCGCCCCAUGGGUCUCCCGGUCGCGGCCGGCUACGACAGAGCCUGGAUUCGAACCAGGAUCUCUAGUGGCACAGCUAGCACUGCGAUGCAGUACCUUAGACCACUGCGUCACUCGGGAGAGUGUUUACUUGAAACCACCUCUGAGUGAAUUUAUCUAAAGAGCUCUAUUGUGCCUAAAGUCGUUUUCCAAUGUUUUGUUGCCGUUAUAUCAGUUGUCUACACUGUAUUUCUGAUCAAUUUGAUGUUAUUUUAAUGGACAAAUAAAAAGCUUUUCUUUCAAAAACAAGGACAUUUCUAAGUGACCCCAAACUUUUGAAUGGUAGUGUAUAUAUUUUUUAACUUUACUACACUUUUACACAAUGUUGUAUGCAUGUCUGAAGAACGAAAAGCACAUUUGUAUAUUAGUAUCAAACAGUUUGUUAUGCUAUAAGGUGGAAUGGAUCAUGAUGAACGGAUAUCAAAACGGUCGGGCAAAUUGACAUUCAAUGAUGAGACCACCCACUCUCACCAUUAGUAAGAGCAUGUGCGCCACUCUUGACAGAGGCAAAUAGGUCAAGCUACAAUGCUUUACCUCCAGUUAAUGCUAGUGGAAUGAGCACUGUGCUCAACAAUUCCUGCUAUAGUGGAUAAAAAUGUAAAGGGAUGAAAUACUGUAUAUAAAGCCAUGUUUAACACUAAAACACUAUUAAUGAAAGUAACUAAUCAGAGAGAUUAAGUAGAUAUAAUGUACAAUAACAGUUCAGGAUUUUAUACAAUUAAGUUAGAAAAAAAAAUGCUUAACUUAAUAUAUUAGUGUUUGUGAAACGUAAAAAUACAUCAUGUUGGAAAUCCUCAAAAAGCUAAUGCAAGUAGUUGCCUCAAUGUUUUUAAGUAGCACAAUAUUUUUUACAGUGUAAUGUGGCUCAUAUAGCGAGGACUGCUACACUAUCUAGCAAGGUAGCUAGCUAGAUAGCUAACUUUAGCAUCCACAUCCCUCCUGUUAGAAUUUCUCUUCAGAAUCCUAGUACAAAAGCACUUUUCACAAGGAAUUAUGUUUUAUUGUUGACAACAUCUAAAUGUAUGGGCUGACCAGUGAAAAACUGCUCUUGUCAUCAUGAACAGUAGCUAACGUUAGCAGCAGCUGUACAGGAAAUGGGUUGUCAGUCAACCGGAAUUAUAUUAAUUCACGCAUGUCAAUCUUGAGCCUUCAAAGCUUAGAAACCUUGACAUAUUCAUAAAAGCUGUUUAUAACAAUUUUAUUUGAAAAAUUGUCCAAAGUGACAUUGAUAUGACAUUAAAUUCGCUUAGCGAUAACGUACAUACUGAACAAAAAAUGUAUUCAGAAGUAAAGAAGUAGCAGGAGCGCUUCAGGUAUUCCGCAAGAACCACAGCUGCUCUUAGAGGGUAAUCAGGGUGUCUGACCUGAUGAAGACGAUAUGCGUUGGUGUAUUUUAAUAACGUUUUAGCCCAUACAUUAAAGGGUUUUUAACUUUCAAAGCCUCACGUGUGCCUGGACUUGGAAUUUUUAUGCCACUUAGCACCUAGUCUUGGUUAUAAUUGUUCCUUUUUGCUUUUCAAAAACAUAUUUCAGUUAGUCUUUAAAUACUUUUAAAAGUUUGUCAUUUAAUACUACACUGAGUUACACACAUUCAAUUCAAGAAAAAAUCUACAUUAACAACUUUACAGAAUACUGAUGCUUGUGUUAAUUUGAUGUGUUUUCAGUCUUGAAUCCAGGGGCCCAGAGACCCAGCAGUAUGGAGAUAUUGCCCCCUACGAGUGAGUGAUCAAUAAAAUAUCAACCAGAUUUUUUUCAACUGAUUUUUGAUUUCUCUGUCUAGAUUGAAGAGUUGUGCAUUUAUUUUGUUCUGUUGUAAUAUGGUCCCUAAUGUUGAUGGUGUAAUACUGAAAGAAAAGCAAACAAAAAUGUUAGUGUCAACAUUUUCAACAAUGUUUUAUAGCGAACAUUUUAAAUAAGGUUGUGGUUGUGUUUAUGUUACAGUGUCUGAAAGUCCUACAGAGCUAAGGAUUGUGCUGCUCGGCAAGAAUGGCUCUGAGAAGAGUGCUGUUGGAAACUUCAUCCUGGAAAGAGGGGCAUUUGACCCCAACUAUGUACAAAACCACUGUGAGAGAGCCAGGGGUCAAGUAGACGGAAGAGGCAUAGCUGUGAUCAACACUCCAGACCUGUUAGACCCUCACAUCUCACAUGACAAACUCUCAGAGGAACUGCAUUGGUGUGUCACUCUGUCUGACCCAGGACCUCAUGUGUUCCUGUUGGUCCUGCAGCCUGAGGAGUUCACACAAGAAGAGGGAAACAGAAUCAGGCAAAUUCUAGACACCCUCAGUAACCGGUCCUUUGACUACUCAAUGGUACUGAUAACUCAUGAAGACAGGAGGGGACACAUGCAUGAUGAUCACCCUCUGAAUCAGAUGGUCAGAGAAUGUAUAGGGAGGCAGUACGUCAUGCACCUCAGUGACCGCACUCAACUUAUGGCAGAUGUUGACAAGAUUGUAAAGGAGAAUGGAGGAGGCUAUCUCACCUGUGAUGUAUUUGAAGAUACUACAAGUGGCAUGGUACAAGGGAAAGAGGAAAUCCACAGGAGGAAAACUGAUGGCAGCCUCAAAUCUUCCUCUGAGGAAGAACUUGGAAAGGAUGUGUUGGAACAAGGUGAAUCAGCACAAUUGGACAAUAUGAGAGAAAUUGGUAAGUAUACAGCACACUGACAAAACUUAACACAAAAGUUGUAGUGAGAUCAGCAUUGAAUACCACUGACAAUUAACUUUUGUUUCAUUAUGACUGGUUUAAAUGGACUGCAAAGAGGAAGUCACUGAAAUGGAUAUUGUCAACUUUCUUUCAGGAUUGGUAGCACUUAAGGAAGAAAGAGGGGAACCAAGCAGUGAAGAAAAAUGUGGUGGGUAAAAUUCAGUAGUUAUACACCAUAUUGCAUCUAUUUUCUAUUAAACAGAGAGAGCUACGGCUCGGUAAGGAUUUGUCAUUAGGACACAUUUUCAUUAUUGGUGUUUCUGCUUUCUAAAUGUCUUUCCUGAGAGGCAAAUAUGGUACAAAAGCUGUGUAGGUAGAUGUAACCAAAUAAAAUAUACACUGCUCAAAAAAAUAAAGGGAACACUUAAACAACACAAUGUAACUCCAAGUCAAUCACACUUCUGUGAAAUCAAACUGUCCACUUAGGAAGCCACACUGAUUGACAAUAAAUGUCACAUGCUGUUGUGCAAAUGGAAUAGACAACAGGUGGAAAUUAUAGGCAAUUAGCAAGACACCCCCAAUAAAGGACUGGUUUUGCAGGUGGUGACCACAGACCACUUCUCAGUUCCUAUGCUUCCUGGCUGAUGUUUUGGUCACUUUUGAAUGCUGGCGGUGCUUUCACUGUAGUGGUAGCAUGAGACGGAGUCUACAACCCACACAAGUGGCUCAGGUAGUGCAGCUCAUCCAUGAUGGCACAUCAAUGCGAGCUGUGGCAAGAAGGUUUGCUGCGUCUGUCAGCGUAGUGUCCAGAGCAUGGAGGCGCUACCAGGAGACUGGCCAGUACAUCAGGAGACGUGGAGGAGGCCGUAGGAGGGCAACAACCCAGCAGCAGGACUGCUACCUCCGCCUUUGUGCAAGGAGGAGCAGGAGGAGCACUGCCCGAGCCCUGCAAAAUGACCUCCAGCAGGCCACAAAUGUGCAUGUGUCUGCUCAAACGGUCAGAAACAGACUCCAUGAGGGUGGUAUGAGGGCCCGACGUCCACAGGUGGGGGUUGUGCUUACAGCCCAACACCGUGCAGGACGUUUGGCAUUUGCCAGAGAACACCAAGAUUGGCAAAUUCGCCACUGGCGUCCUGUGCUCUUCACAGAUGAAAGCAGGUUCACACUGUUCGCACGUGACAGACGUGACAGAGUCUGGAGACGCCGUGGAGAACGUUCUGCUGCCUGCAACAUCCUCCAGCAUGACCGGUUUGGCGGUGGGUCAGUCAUGGUGUGGGGUGGCAUUUCUUUGGGGGGCCGCACAGCCCUCCAUGUGCUCGCCAGAGGUAGCCUGACUGCCAUUAGGUACCGAGAUGAGAUCCUCAGACCCCUUGUGAGACCAUAUGCUGGUGCGGUUGGCCCUGGGUUCCUCCUAAUGCAAGACAAUGCUAGACCUCAUGCGGCUGGAGUGUGUCAGCAGUUCCUGCAAGAGGAAGGCAUUGAUGCUAUGGACUUUAUUCCACAAGAACCACAGCUGGUCUUAGAGGGGAAUCAGGGUGUCUGACCUGAUGAAGACGAUAUACGUUGGUGUAUUUUAAUAACGUUUUAGCCCAUACAUUAAAGGGUUUUUAACUUUCAAACCGUCACGAGUGCCUGGACUCACGAAUGCCACUUAGCACCUAUUUGUGGUUAUAACUGUUCCUUUUUGCUUUUCAGAAAAUUAUUUCACUUAUUCUUUAAAUCGCUCAUUUAUUACUGCCCUGCGUUACACAAAUUCAAUUCAAGCAACAAUCAACAUUAACAUCUUUAUAAAAUACUUAUGCUUGUGUUAAUUUGAUGUGUUUUCAGUCUUGAAUCCAGGGGCCCAGAGACCCAGCAGUAUGGAGAUAUUGCCCCCUAUGAGUGAGUGAUCAAUAAAAUAUCAACCAGAUUUUCAAUUCCUCUGUCUAGAUUGAAGAGUUGUGCAUUUAUGUUGUUCUGUUGUAAUAUGGUCCUUAAUGUUCAUGGUGUUAUACUGAAAGAAAAGCAAACAAAAAUGUAAGUGUCAACAUUUUCAACAAUGUUUUACAGCAGACAUUUUAACUUGGUUGUGGUUGUGUUUAUGUUACAGUGUCUGAAAGUGCUACAGAGCUAAGGAUUGUGCUGCUCGGCAAGAAUGGCUCUGAGAAGAGUGCUGUUGGAAACUUCAUCCUGGGUAGAGGGGCAUUUGACCCCAACUAUGUACAAAGUCGCUGUGAGAGAGCCAGGGGUCAAGUAGACGGAAGAGGCAUAGCUGUGAUCAACACUCCAGACUUGUUAGACCCUCACAUCUCACAUGACAAACUCUCAGAGGAACUGCGUUGGUGUGUCACUCUGUCUGACCCAGGACCUCAUGUGUUCCUGUUGGUCCUGCAGCCUGAGGAGUUAACACGAGAAGAGGGAAACAGCAUAAGGCAAAUUCUAGACACCCUCAGUGACCGGUCCUUUGAAUACUCAAUGGUACUGAUAACUCAUGAAGACAGGAGGGGACACAUGCAUGAUGAUCACCCUCUGAAUCAGAUGGUCAGCGCCUGUAGAGGGAGGCAGUACGUCAUGCACCUCAGUGACCGCGCUCAACUUAUGGCAGAUGUUGACAAGAUUGUAAAGGAGAAUGGAGGAGGCUAUCUCACCUGUGAGCUAUUUGAAGAUACUACAAGUAGCAUGGUACAAGGGAAAGGGGAAAUCCACAGGAGGAAAACUGAUGGCAGCCUCAAAUCUUCCUCUGUGGAAGAACUUGGAAAGGAUGUUUUGAAUCAAGGUGAAUCAGCACAAUUUGGCAAUUGGCAGAACGUUAGAGAAGUUGGUAAGUACACAGCACACUGACAAAAGUUAUAGUAAUAUGAGCAUUGAAUAUAAGUUGACAGUAUUAAAGGGAUAGUUCCCCAACUUAACAAUAUUAUAUAUUGGUUUCCUUACCCUCUAAGCACUCUUUGGACAAGGUAAGAUGGCAACCCAUGCUUUGGUUUUGUUUACAAGGCCACUGUCUCCAGAUGCUAACUUUUUAGCAUCUGUGGCACAAAUCCAAUGCCAGUCAACAUCCCUAAUAUUAGUAUUUUUUGGCGCUCAAUGUCAAAAUCAUCCAAGUCUCUUGUGGACAGAUCUAGGAAAACAUAACUUGGACUGUAGAAUCUGUCAGGAAGGAUAGGGAGCAGCAGGAGUUCCAGUGUUUGGGUUUUUCGUCAUUUAUUUGAACAAAUCACGACUUUGCAGGUGUUAGCAUCUUUCGAAUUUCGGAAGGGGAGGGGACAUUCGGCCGUUAUUUGCAAAGAGAGAAGGUGGAGCUCCAUGUUCCAGUUUCGCUUCUCGUUCUAGCAUCUCUUAAUCCCUUCUCUUAACACGUAUGGACCCAGAACUGAAUCAAGCAGCUGACCAAUUACGUAAGACUUCUGGGAUAACUGAGAUUAAAAUCAUUUUAAAGUAACUUAAUUGAACUACAAUCAAUUUCAGACCCUUUAGGAUGAUUUGGACUUGAAACGUGAAAAAUGCUAAUAUUGGAGAUAUUGAACUAUAGCAUUAAUAAUGUCAACUUAUAUUCAACCCUCAUAUUAAGGAUGACUGUUUUUUUGUUUCAUCAUGCUUGGUUGAAAGGGACUGCAAAGAUAAAGUCACUGGUAUUGAUUGUCAACACUUUUUCAGGUUUGACGUUUCUUAAGGGAAUUGUGGGGGAGCAAUCACACAGUGGAGCAAAAUGUGGUGGGUAAAAUUCAGUAUGUCUCAUUUACACUAUGUUACAACGUCUGUAUUAAAGUGGGAUGGCUACGGCUCAGUUACGAUAUGUCCAAAUUAUCAUUAUUUUUGAAGCACUGUUUUCAAAAUGUCUAUCUUGAUAGGCAAAAACAGUAUAACAGCUGUGUAGGCAGAAUUGACAUUUGAAAGUAAAUAGAUAACUGUUUUCUUAUUCACUUGACUAACUAUGAUUUACUCAUCUUGCAGAGCAGGACUUCAAAAUGGUUAUUUUUCAUAAUGUAAUUAGAUUCUGUUUGUAAAAUUCAGAACAAUUGUGAAAACAUUUCCAAGAGGGACAUUGGUUCAUGGGUCAUGUAAUUUGUUGUAUUAGUAGUACAUCAUAUUAGCUUAACUGAGGAUUUAAUACACAUGUACUUACUUAAUAUUAGUGACUAUUGCUGACAUUUUAAUUUGCAGCAGGAGUCAAUCCAAUAUGAAAAUUGAUAAACUACAAUUUGUUUAAAUGCAUAUCCUUAUGUUAAUCAAUGUUACAUGUGUUUUACAGAGUCUUCACUCAGGAUUGUGCUUCUGGGGAAGAGUGAUGACAAGAAGACUGUAGUGGGUAACAUGAUCCUACAGAAACAGGCUUUUAAGUCUGCUAAUUUCUUCAACUCUAAACAGCAAUGUGAGUCAGCCAGGGAGAAGGUGAAGGGCAAGUCUGUAACUGUAGUAAAGACUUCCAACUUCCUUUCUCUGCCUUUGGAGUCCCAGAUGCAGGAGAUUGAGAAAUGUAAGUCCCUCUCUGCCCCUGGGCCUCAUGGGAUCCUGCUGGUGUUGAAGCCUGAGGGGUUCACAGAGGAGAACAGAAACACAUUCAAGUUCAUCCUGAGCAUAUUUGGUAAAGAGGCCUUCAAGCACUCAAUGGUGAUCAUUACUCACAAGGAAGUCGCAGUUAAUCCUCAUCUGAGUCAAAUGAUUAAAGAAUGUGGAGGAAGGCUUCAUGAAAUAUAUACACAAGGAAGUGACCACAAAGAGUUAACUGAAAAGAUAGAAAAGAUGGUAGAGGAGAAUGAAUGGAGAUACCUCACCUCCAAUGAAGAGACGACACAUGAUACCAUGACACCAAAGGCUCAGAGACUGAACGUGGUGCUGUGUGGCAGAAGAGGAGCUGGGAAGACUUCUAUAGCCAAUGCCAUACUGGGUCAGACAGUGUCCAGUCCAAAGUCCAGCUCCUCAGUGUGUGUGAAGAGAGAAGGAGAGAUGUGUGGUCGGCCGGUCACCCUCAUCGAGCUGCCCGCUCUGUAUGGAACACAUCUCACUCAGGAGGAAGUGAUGCGUGAGACUUUCCGCUGUGUCUCUCUCUGUGACUCUGGAGUCCAUGCUUUCCUCCUGGUCGUACCUUUUGGUCCACUCACUGAUGAAGACAAAGGAGAGUUAGAGACCAUCCAGAAGAUUCUCAGCUCACGAGUCAAUGACUUUGCCAUGGUCCUGUUUAGACAGGAUAACAUUCCAGUUGAUAAAACUGCAGUUGACUUUGUGGAACAAAAUGCAGACACAAAGCAAUUGAUCAAGAUAUGCGGAGGGCGGUAUAAAAUCUUUGAUGCUUUGAAGAUUGAGAACGCCAAGCAGACGACAGAGCUUGUAGCAGAAAUAGUCAAAAUGAUGGAUCAAAACAAGACAUGCUACACUCUAUACAUGUAUAUGGAGGCACAGGACUUGAGGCUGGAGGCUAAGUAUCAAUCAGAACUGGACAAAAAGAACAGAACAAUCAAGGAUUUAGAGCAGAAAAUCAGCAGCAUGUCAAAAGGUGAGUUUGUUGAACACAGGAUGAACAAAUAUUGGGCAGUGAUUGGGAAAGCAAGUAUUUUACAGUAUGAACCUUCUGUGAUGAUUUCAAUAUCAAUUUAUAGAGUAAUUAACAUUAAUUUAUGAUAAUUUAUUGUUUAAUUUGUAGGUGCUGAAAUGGAGUGCUCCAGCACAGAGUGCGUGAGGGUGGUGCUGAUUGGGAAAACUGGGAAUGGGAAGAGCGCCUCCGCAAACACUAUCCUGGGCAGAAAGGAAUUUGAGUCGAAAUCCAGCCCUGAUUCUGUGACAACAGUUUGCAAGAAGGCAGUCAGCGAAGUUGAUGGAAGAACAGUUGCUGUGGUGGACACACCUGGCCUUUUUGACACAAAAUUGUCUAAUAAAGAUGUUCAGCAAGAGAUAGUGAAAUGUGUUUCCCUGUCAGCUCCUGGACCCCAUGUGUUUAUCAUAGUGUUAAGAAUUGGGACAAUAACACAAGAGGAGCUGGACACUUUGGACCUCAUAGAGACAACCUUUGGUCCACGGGCAGGAAUGUUCUGCCUAGUUCUGUUUACUAGAGGAGAUGACUUGGAAAAUGAAUCAAUUCAAGAUUACAUUUGGAAAAGCACGAAUGCCAAACUGAAAAAACUGAUCAGAGAUUGUGGAGACAGACUCCAUGUCUUCAACAACAGAGUUAAAGAUGACCGCACACAGGUCACUGAGCUUCUUAAGAAGAUUAACGAAAUGGUGUCCACGAACAAGGGCAGUUUCUACACCAAUGAGAUGUUCCAGGAGGCAGAGGCAGCCAUUAAACAGAAACAGGAAGCAAUACUGAAGGAGAGAGAGAUGGAGAUUAAGGCUGACAUGGAGAAACUGAAGGUCAGCCAUGAAACAGCCAUGGAAAAGAUGAAGUCAAAGUUGGAAGAGAGAUUGAAAGUUCAGGAGGAAAGAAAGCAGAGAGAAAACAUGUUGAGAGAGAGAGAGGAAGCUAUUAGAAAAGAGCAUGAAGAAAAGGAGAAAGCAGAGAAGGAAGAAAGAAAGUUGAAGGACAAGAAAAAGAAAGAAGAUGAAAAGUUGAAAAAAGAAACAUGGGCCACAGAAAAACAGAAGAUGGAAAAAGAGAUACAAUCUCAGAAAAAAGAGUUGGAAAAACAACAAAGAGAAAAGGAGAGAGAAUAUAAAAUGAGAAUGGAACAACAGAGAAAAGAAGAGAAAGACAGAGAAGAAUUGGUUAAAAAUCAAGAAAGGCAGUUUGCAGAACUGAAAAGGAAACAGGAUGAAGAAAUGGAAAGGAGAGAGAAAGAAGAGGAUGAGAGGAGGAAACAUGAAGAGAAAGAAAGACAAGAGUGGCAAAGCAAAAUAGAGGAAGGUCAAACAGAACUCCAAGAGGUCAUGCGUAGAGAAAAAGAGGAAUGGGAGGAACAGUUGAAGAAAGAAAGAGACAGACAACAGGAAGAAGACAGGCUGAGGAGACAGAAGGAGGUAGAAACUCUUGGAGAACAAGAGAAAAAACAGAGGAGAUUGAGAGAGUUUGAAAGAGAGAGGGAACAAGAGAAAAUAAAGAUGAAGGAAUCAGAAGAGAAGAGGAGAGAAAUAGAGUGGAAAGAAAGAGACCGAAUAGAAAAAGACUUUGAAGAAAAGUGGAGAGAGUUGAUAGACAAAAUGAAAAUGCAGCAAGAUCAGUGGGAGAAAGAACGUAGUGAGGAACAGGAAAGAAGAUUUAAAGAGGAUGAAAAUCGAAGAGAGGAGGAGAGACUAAGACUAAGAAAACUGGAGGACAUUUUUCAAGAAGAACGUGAAGAAGAGAACAUGAGGAAAGAGAAGGAAGAUAAAGUCAGGAGAAAACAAGAAGAGAAGAAAUGGAUGGAAAUGGAGGAAGAGUAUGAAAGGAAAACAAAAGAAAUGAUGGAUAAAUAUGAACAAGAGGCCAGAAAACAUGCAGAGGAGUUUAAUAACUUUAAAGAGAAAUAUGAAAAUGACAUCCAAAAAUUAUUGGAUCAACAUGAAGAAGAGAAGAAGAAACUAAUACAAAAGAACAAAGAGGUGUAUGAUCUUUUAAAUGCUCUAUAUGGUCAUGAUAAAACAACACUGACUGAUAAAAUCAAGGAAUUGAAAGAGACGCAUGAGGAAGAGAUAAAGCACCUGGACAGAUGUGUUGUACAGUGA